AGGUCAGCCAUUGUGCCAAAAGGCCUCUAGCUUAGCUGCCCCCCUGUCAACGUGGGGCCGCGGGCAUAACCCGGCCUAAUGAUUCCGAGGAUACGGAUGUGUUGACGAUCUUGCACCUACAAUCGGUUAUCACGUAACAGAUUCCCACCACACCAUGGCUAGCAAACCUGCCAAGCAGUUACCGCACGAGAAGCGGAAAGGGGAGGCUGCUUUGAGCGACUUCGCCGAAUACGUCGAGAAGCAGCAGGCUCUCCGUUUCCCAAGCUCCAAGGCCGUGGUUGGCGUGUCGGCCACGGCGGCGUCAACAACGGCAACCGGGAAGACACUGCCGGCUGAAGUCGACCACCAUGAGGAGCUGGAUGAUAUUCUCGACAGCCUCAAUCUUUCCGACCCGGCCCCAAACGUGAGGUUACGAGAUCUUCUAUUGUCUAUCGGCAAUGAUGACGACUCCCUACAGAAGCUUGCCGACGUCGUUCAUGAACGGCUCAUCGAGGGCCAUUCCGAGACUGUCUUUGAUAUCGGCUUUGAGAACAAUGGCGACAGCAUGCGACUCUCCAUCGAAGAGUGGAAUACCGCCUACAAGAGGCUAACAGAAGCCGCGAGGACGCUGCGUGCUGAUUGCCAGAUAUUGCUAACUAAGAACACGGGUGGCGAGCUCGACGGGAUGGCAACCAAGGACCAGGAAUGCAGCGGGAAGAUCAUGAUUCGCCAGGCCCCAGCUACGGUGGAGCAAGUAAUCGAGACGAGGAUAGCCGUGGUUGGCAACGUCGACGCCGGAAAGAGCUCCAUGCUAGGGGUGCUUGUCAAGGGAGACCUGGACGACGGGCGAGGCAAGGCGCGUGUUAACCUCUUCAGACACAAGCACGAGAUCGACACUGGCCGUACCUCGUCUGUGGGCAUGGAAAUUAUGGGGUUUGAUACCAGGGGCCAGGUUGUCGUCUCUGACACCCCGGGUCGCAAGCUUUCGUGGGAGGAGAUUGGCAAGCGCAGCGCCAAAGUGAUCACAUUUACCGACCUUGCUGGCCAUGAGCGCUACCUACGGACUACCGUGUUCGGCCUCCUAUCUAGCAGCCCUAAUUACUGCCUGCUCAUGGUGGCAGCGAACAACGGACUUAUUGGCAUGAGCAAGGAGCACCUUGGCAUUGCUCUUGCCCUGAAUGUUCCGGUUAUGGUUGUCAUCACCAAAAUCGACAUUUGUCCACCGCAGAUCUUGGAGCAAACCAUCACCCAGAUUACGCGGAUCUUGAAGAGUCCAGGGGCAAGAAAGAUCCCCAUAUUCAUCAAAACCCAUGAGGAGUGCAUCAACACGGCGACACAAUUUGUCAGCCAGCGCAUCUGCCCUAUCUUCCAGGUUUCCAAUGUCACUGGCGAGAAUCUGGAUCUCGUCAGGGCCUUCCUUAACAUCCUCCCACACCACGGCCGCUAUGACGCGGACGCUCCAUUCGAGUUCCAUGUCAACGACACUUUCAGUGUACCCCAUGUUGGGACUGUGGUCUCGGGGAUAGUAAAGUCCGGAGUCAUCCACGCUGGAGAUGAUGUCCAGAUUGGGCCCGACUCUCUUGGACGGUUCACACAAACAUCGAUAAGGUCUAUCGAAAGGAAACGAAUCGGUGUUCCUGCCGCAUCUGCCGGCCAGUCUGCCUCGUUUGCCCUGAGGAAAGUCAGAAGGAAAGACGUCCGCAAAGGAAUGGUAGUCCUAUCCAAGUCUCCGGAUGGCGCCUCUCCAAAGGUUUAUCGCGACUUCGUUGCCGAAGUGCUCAUCCUCUCACACGCAACGACGAUCAAGACAAAGUAUCAAGCCAUGUUGCAUGUCGGGCCGGUAUCUCAGACAUGCGCCAUAAUUGAUGUGGACCGCCCUUUCAUUCGAACCGGGGACCGGGCUACCGUUGCUUUCCGAUUUGUUCAGCGACCCGAGUAUUUGGCUCCUGGUGACCGACUCCUCUUUAGAGAGGGUAGGACAAAAGGCCUCGGUAUCGUCAAAAGCGUUGGUUACGACCCAUCCAAUCCGCUGAUGCCAAAGCAGCCGGAAGAUGAGCCGGGACCAAUCAGCUCCUUGGCCCAAGAAGACAAAGUCGAAAGAGCAGUCCCCGAACUGAAAGGGGGAGUAUAACAGUGCAUAAAAAAGUGAAGGGCCUUUCA